CUCUUCGUAGCUGAGAGCUUCAAUGAUGAGCAACUUGAUUUGAAUGAGUUGGAUGCUAGUGAUUAUUAUCAAGAUGAUGGAUCCUUUGGAACAAGCAAUGUUGUCAUAGAAGAUGAAGAAUUUUCUUUAUUUGAUGCAAAUUCCCCAAUGGAAGAUGUGGAUAUAAAUGAUAUACAUAAGUCAAAGAGUGCUCCACUUACUGACCAAUUCAUCGAUGACAAUGAAUACAGUGUCAAUAAUGAAUACUUAGAUGAAGAUGUGGACAAACAAUGAGUUUUUGUUUCAUUGUGUAUUUAUUUUGAUAUAAACAAUGUAUUUAUUUUUUGUUUCAUUAUGUAUUUAAUUUCCAUCCAAUUCAUGUUACAAAAUGGACUUUUUUUACUUAUUAACAAAAACAAGAACAAGUUGUAUCUAGAUAUAAUAACAUGGCAAUCCGAGGUAGAGGAAGUGGACUUGGUCAAGGGAGAGGUCGUAAUCCACCUCAGCAUUCCCCAGAUCUUCCUUCACAUAUAGGUGUUCAGAAUAACCAGCACAAAAGGCAAAGGCUAUACAAGUCUUCUGAUUCUGAAGAGAGACAUGAAUACUACAUUUAUGAUGGAGGAGCCAAUCACAGGCGAGGUCAGAGUGAUGCAAAUAAUGUGAAAAAAUGUAAAGGAGUCAGUUUUGAAUUUUCCAACAAUAUGAGGCAAUUAAGUGGAGGAAUUAGACAUAGUCAAAGGCGAGGUCAGAGUGAUCCACCAGAGCCUUCUCAAUCAUGCACUAGUCCAGCACCACCACCACCACACAUGUCAUUUUCCCCAGGUGUCAAUAAUGAUAAGAACAAAAGACAAACGGAAGGACUGACUGGAGCUGAUGCAAGAAAAGGUACUACUUAUACACAGACAGCUUAAUUAUGAUUAUGUUGUAAUUGGUAUAGUUGUGACUUGUGAAUUAAAGUGGUGUG